AGUACUUUUUUUUAGUGUUGUUGACGAGACGGUGUUCUUCACAGCGGUGAUCAUUGAAUCGCAUCAGUAUUUCUGAUUAUUGCGUUACAUUUGUGUCUUCAGAAAUAUAUUUUUAAGCAGUUAACGUUUAGCUAAACAGAACAAUUAUACACAGUACUCGUGUCGAAACGAGUAUUUUAUUUGACAGGACUACAUAAGCCGAGUGCCAGCUAACUAGCUAGUUGUCAUUCUAAAAUAAAUAAAGUAGCUAGCUAAACCUAGGUAGUUAAUCUGAAGGACAUCAUAUUACACAAUCAAUUAUGGCAGUUGUCAACGAAGGCGCAUUGAAGAAAAUGCUCAAGCAAUACAAAUACAGGGACCUGACUGUUCGUGAGAUAACCAACGUCAUCUCCCAGUACAAGGACCUGAAGCCUGUUAUGGAUUCCUAUGUUUUCAAUGAUGGCUCCACUAGAACUCUGAUGAGCUUAACAGGAACAGUGCCAGUCAGCUACAGAGGAAACAUAUAUAACAUCCCAGUGUGUCUAUGGCUGCUGGACACCUACCCCUACAACCCUCCCAUCUGUUUUGUGAAGCCCACCAGUGCCAUGAUGAUCAAGACGGGCAAACACAUUGACGCCAACGGCAAGAUCUACCUGCCCUAUCUGCACGAGUGGAAACAUCCCCAGUCCGACCUGUAUGGUCUGAUCCAGGUGAUGAUCGUGGUGUUUGGGGAGGAGCCCCCCGUGUUCUCCCGCCCCACCACACAGGCCCCCUACCAGGCCUUCCAGGCUGCCGGACCCCCCAACCCAUCCUACAUGCCAGGUAUGCCAGUGGUCUCCCCGUAUGGACCAAACCCCAACCCUGGUGGCUAUCCGGGGUACCCAUACCCUAGUGCAAACUCGUAUCCUGCCACAGCUGGCACUACACACUACACUUCCCAGAUUCCUGCCUCCACUGUGGGCCCCAGUAGGGAUGGUACCAUUGGCGAGGACACCAUCCGCGCGUCGCUGAUCUCGGCGGUGAGCGACAAGCUUCGCUGGAGGAUGAAGGAGGAGAUGGACCGGGCGCAGGCCGAGUUGGACGCACUGAAGAGGACCGAGGAGGACCUGAAGAAGGGACACCAGAAACUGGAGGAGAUGGUCUCACGGCUGGACCAGGAAGUGGCGGAGGUGGACAGGAACAUCGACCUACUGAAGCGUAAGGACGAGGAGCUGAGCGAGGCGCUGGAGAAGAUGGAGAACCAGUCGGAGAACAACGACAUCGACGAUGUAAUCGUGCCCACGGCGCCGCUCUACAAGCAGAUCCUCAACCUGUAUGCUGAGGAGAAUGCCAUCGAGGACACCAUCUUCUACCUGGGAGAGGCGCUGCGCCGCGGGGUCAUAGACCUGGAGGUGUUCCUCAAGCAUGUGCGUCUGCUCUCCCGAAAGCAGUUCCAGCUGCGAGCCCUCAUGCAGAAAGCACGCAAGACCGCCGGCCUUAGUGACCUCUACUGAGCCCGCGGACACCCACACCCAUACACACUCCCUUUCUCCCAGUCUCUCCCUCUGUACAGCUCCUCCUCUCUAUAUAUGUCUUUCUGUCUCUCUCUCUCUGUCUGUCCUCCUCUCCUCUCUAAAAGACGUGCCCUAAAACUCUGAAAAGAGCUAACAUCUAAUUUGUAUUGUUUGUUGAUUCAAACAUCCCCUAAACAAGCAUCUAGUUGGAUAACCAAAAUGGAAAAUAUGCAGUUUGAUAUGGAGCAAAUGUCUGCAAAUAUGCAUUUUUUAAAUUAAUAUUGGCAGCCAUAUGCUUCCAUAGUCACAAUGUUGGAGUGGUGUGAGGUGGGAGAGUAUGUGCUCUGACAUUCAGUGUGACAGUUCCUGGUGUGAGUUUGUGCUACUUAUCUCUCUGUCCCGCUGUAAACGAAAGCUUACGCUCUGAUAUAAACAUACGUCUCAACUAGGGAUGUGCAUCUCUCCUUUCAUGAAAGAUUCUAGAUACAUGGACUCUGAUACGAUACAGGAACGAUGCCUUUUAGUUUGAAAAGAUUCAGUGCGAUUCGGUUUGAUUAGGGGUGCGAAUUGAUGUGAUUUGGUUAGAUACGAUACGCUUCGAUGCACUAAAAUGUUUUGCAUGAACACAUUCAUUUUCCAUCUUAAAGUAAUAUCCGCUGCUGUUGGGAUGACUUCUCUAAGCUGAGUGGCCCUGUGUGUGUGUGUGUCAAUGGUGUGUGUAGGCACCUGAGCUGAGCAAUAGGGCAGACUGAGCAUCUACCACCCCACUAUCAGAUUAGGGGUGUGGGGCAAUUGUCCCGCCACUUUUUAUCAGACAUCACCAUCACCCACUGAUUAACUUGUCAUUUUUGCAGAUAAAAAAUGUAUGAGCUAGUACUAUGUCAAUAUUUAUCUUUAGAAAUUAACAUGGCAUUUAGCCAAUUAAUAUAAUGUAGCUUUGGAUUUUACCUUGUCUCAAAAGCAAAUGGUUUGGACCGUUAAUCGUCGCAAAAAUGAUUGCUGUCCAUUAUGAAGUUACCCUGUUCAUUUAAAAAUGACCAAAUACACUGAAUGUUUAAAGCAAAACUACCAACUGAACUGAAGGAGAGGACGCAUCAAUUGUCACAACAGAUAAGAGGUAUUUUUUAAAUAUAACAAUAUGGAGUAAAAAAAAACAUUUGAACUUGUGAUUUGAAUCGGUUUUCUGACCAAUUCCUGCUUAAAUCGGUUUUCUGACCAAUGUAUGAUGCAUGCUUAAUUUGGAUCGCUUUGGGAUCCUGCAGACCGAUGCACUGGUAUCUUAAACAUUUGAACCAAGGACCAAUGCGAAUCAUUACAUCCCUAGACUCAACCUUUUAGAAAAUGACAAGGGUUCAUCUAGUAGGAGCAUGCUUUCUCAGAGCAGGGUCGGGUUCAUGUUGGCACAAAACCGUUUGGAAACCUUUGGAGGUACAACCUGAAUGAUCUAUUGUUUGUAUAAAAAUAGGAAUAUUGGCAGCCAUUUGCUCCAUAUCCAACUGCAUCAAUGCCGAAUGAGGCAAGCAGGCGACCCUGGCUUGUUCUCCCAGUCGCCCUCCUCUUUAUCUCGAAUAUUCUGUCAAUAUUGCUCCCAUUGGCAUCUGGAACAAUUUGAGAAACGGCUUUCCAUGUUAGCUGUUGAGGAUGAUCCUUCAGUCUGCGUCGUGUUUCUUAUGACACUCAACAGACAAUGUUUUCAAAGUUUCGCAACGGAGAAGGAAAAUGUGUAGUCUCUUCCUCUUAUAGUCCGUUUUCUUCUGUUUGGUGGCCUAAUGAGCAGAACCCUGAUGGUCACUGUCGAUCAUGCCCAUUGUUUCUCAAAAGACUCCCCUCAGCCCCUGUACAGUGUCUGUAUGUUCAUGUUUGAAUGGUGUCACUUUCUAUUCAAAGGCGUCAAAAAUAAAAUUGUAGAUUUUUUCUCUUGCUUCACUUAGUUUAUUUUUCUGUCUACUUCAAGUUUUCAGCUGUUCUAAGAGAUGAAUGUAUUUCUUUACCCUUUCGAUUUAAAAAGAAAGGUUGUGAAUCAGAAAUGUUUUUUUUUCUUCUUUUCUUCUUCAACUAAUCAGAAAUGUACUUAUAUCAAGUAUGUAGACCGGUCUCUUUUUAAAUUAGCUUUUACUAAAUGCGCUUUGAAUUGUAUGAUAUGCUGUUAUUUUUUUCAGUUUAGUUUCAUUUUCAACAAUAGACCAUCUGUUCUUUUAUCUGUAGAAUUAUGUAAAUCAGCACAAUAAAAAGAGUGGUUUGACAAAAA